AUGGGAUCGAUUCUUAGCAGUAGAUCAAGCCAUUCUUCGCCCCGGGCGAAGAAUGGCUUGAUCUACAGCUUCGUGGCUCGAGGACCGGGGCCGCAAGUGGUGGUGCUGGCGGAGUACACGCCGGUCAAGGGCAAUUUCAAAAAGAUCGCCCUCGAGUGCGCGCAGACGCUGGAUGCGAACAACCACAGCGUCACGUACACACGCGACAGCCACACCUUCAACUUCCUGGUCGAGGACGGGUUCGCGUACCUGGUGGUGGCGGAGGAGAGCCUCCGGUGGAUCCCGUUCGCGUUCCUGGCCCUAGUGAAGGAUGAUUUCCGGGAAAAGUUUCCGGGCGCGUACAAGGACAAGGCAAACAGCUUGAACAAGCGGUUCCGGCCGAUCAUGAAGAAGCACAUGACCUUCUGCGUUAAUCGCCCCGAGGAGCUCGACAAGGUGGCCAAUAUCCAAAACCAGUUGGACGAGAUGAAGGGCAUCGCGUGGAGACACAUCAACAAGUUCAUGGAUCACCAAGAGCGCCUCGAGGACGUCUUUAAGAAGUCAGGCAGUCUGGUCAACGAGGCGCAGCACUUCCAGAGGAGGACCAACAGGCUCAAGAUCUACCUCUGUUGUCAGAGCAUGAAGGUCAAGCUCAUCGUGCUCCUGCUCAUCGUCCUCUUGGCCGUCAUUUCUCAAAAGUUGUAUAGAUUUUUUAUGAAAAAAUUAACAUAA